CGUGAGUUAUCGACCAAAUUCGCUGGCUGCUUAUGACGGUUGUGAAUGGUUGUGAAAUCGAUAUGCGAUCAACAGCACCGUGGGCAAACCGUGGGUGUAGAAAACCCGCUGGCGCCGCGAGCAGAGUUGGACGGUGGUGGGGUCAUAAGGGUCAAUAUAAAGUAAAACUUAAGCAUAGAUAGCCUGGCUAUGGUUUAAAGCCGCUUCGGGCGCUGGGCAGGGAAGGGACUCGGCGGAAACUCAUUCAAUGACGCAGUGAAACUAAGAAAGUGAAAAAAGUGAAAGAUAUUGACAGAAAAAAUCGGCGUCAACGAAGGCCGAAAGUAGACGUAGCAAGAACGUAACCUGGACCCAUAACAUGUGGCAACCGGUGCCCCCGAACAAAUUGACAGCCACCAGUCCGUGGGAGCGGCUGCAUAAGAACUGCACACUGUCCUCACACCGCCACUCCGUGUACCACUCGGACCCACAAGCACCCCUCGACGCGCUCGACUUCGAGAUCAAGGCUAUCUACGACCAGGCCACGGGGCUGUUCACGCCCAAACACCUGGUCCUCGUGCAGCACGAGACAUGCGGCGACGGCGACAGGAGCAAAACCCUGAAGCACCGUGUCAAGUACGUGCCCCUUGAGCAGCCGCUGCUGGGUCACCCGCUGCGCGUGGUGGAGGCGCAGAGGCGCAUCCAUCCGUGCUCGGUCCGGCUGGCCUGCGAGAACCCGCACACCACCCUGACCAACGCCGGCUUCUCGCGGAAACCCAACGGAGGAACCUUCGCCACCUGAACAUGACGCGUGUCUAAUGUCUUGGAACGGUUUAUGCCCCCUGAUCAUACAGCGACAGAGUUCAACUUUUUGUCACGGACGUGUUAACGUGGAUAACAUUGAAUUUGUGAAAAUUUUCUAAGGUAAAAUUACCGUUUGUAAACAUGAAAAUAUGCAGUCGAAACAGGAGUGUUCCACAAUCAUUACGUACGUUUCAAUAAACGGAACUGAAACUA